AUGACUACGAACAACACACUCCGCUUUGGCGUUUUAGGCAUCGGCAGAAUGGGAAUGAGACAUGCCUUAAACGUGGUGAAGGAGCCACGUGCUCAAUUAGUAGCCGUGGCCGACCCACGCACGGAGGUCCUUGAAGCGUCUAGGGCCGUAUUGGGUGAGCAGGUCAAGCGCUUCACAAGCGAGGAAAAUGUCAUCAACGAUCCAUCCAUCCAAGCCAUCUUGGUAGCUAGCGACACAACCCAACAUCCGAUUCUCGCUCUGAAGGCUAUCAAGGCAGGUAAACAUCUGUUGCUUGAAAAACCCAUAGCCGUGAACCUGGACGAUGCGCUACCAGUUGUCGAAGAGGCCAAAAAGAAUCCGCAUCUCAAGAUUUUGGUGGGUAUGUCUCGCCGUUUCGACGAAAGCUACAGAGAAGCAUUCAACAGAGUGAAGGGCGGUGAGCUGGGUGAUGUGUUUCACUACUAUGGCGUCACCAAUGACCAGUACAACGCUGAGAUUGUUGAUUUCUUUGUCGGGUAUUCAAAGGUUAGCGGAUCAAUACUGGUCGAUUGCGGGAUUCACGAUGUUGACUUGAUGAGGUGGUACAUGGGACCAAAUGAGAAGGUCAAGAAGGUGUUUGCUGCAGGCUACAAUGCAAGAAUGCAUGGAUUAGCCGAGUCUAAGGAUGCUGACAACUCAGUCGCUACUGUAGUCUUCGAAAGUGGCAAACUUGCCAACUUGUACCUCUCGAGAACUGCAAUCCAUGGACACGAAUGCUGGGCGCAAAUAACGGGCGAGAAUGGAAUGAUCAAGGUCAACAUUGACAGUGCCAUAAACCGUGUCACUCUUGCAGAUGAGCAUGGAUAUCGCAAGCAAACAACGCAAGACUAUUUCGAUAGGUUCAGAGAGGCAUUCUCGAACGAAAUGAGGGAGUUCACCAGCGCUGUGCUCGACAAUUCCCCUCUUCCGCUUGAAAUUGACGACGCGUACAUCGCAAGCAAAAUCUGUGUAGGUCUGCAGAUGGCCUUCAGAUCAGGCGAACAGAUCUAUUUUGACAAAGAUCAGUCACCAAUCCCACCCAAAGGUAUAGCAGCAUCGAAGCUUUGA